GUGGCACUCAGGGACUUGGGACAGAAGGUGAUUAUCGGGAAUGCGGAGGCCCAGGGCUGGGGACUUCUUCAGCUGGUAGCUCACUACACGUUGCCACGGUUCUAAGAUACAAAGCCCCCCACGGACCUCCAGGGACUCGGAUUUUCCACAAAUCUCAAAGAUGGGCAUAAUGCCCAUCUUUUCCCUCCUGUUGCUACUCUGGGGGGGCCUGGCCCCGAAGCAGACCUGGGCAGGCUUCCACUCCUUGAAGUACUUGGACACCGCGGUGUCCCGGCCCGGCCGCGCGGACACACGCUUCAUCACCAUUGGCUACGUGGACGACACCCCGUUCGCGCGCUACGACAGCGAAGCCCCCAGCCCGAAGAUGGAGCCGCGGGCGCCGUGGGUGGAGCCGGCGGGGACCCAGCAUUGGGAGCAGCAGACGCAGUACUGCAAAGCCAAUGCGCAGACCUUCCGGAUUCAGCUGCGGACCCUGCUGGGCUACUACAACCAGAGCGGGGACGGCUCUCACACCUACCAGAGGAUCUGCGGCUGCGACGUGGGACCCGACGGACGCUUCCUUCGCGGGUACCGAACCGAUGCCUACGAUGGCGAGGAUUUCAUCUCUUUGAACGAAGACCUGAACACCUGGACCGCUUCGGACACCGUGGCUCAGAUCACCCGGCGCAAGUGGGAGGCAACAGGUGAAGCAGAACAAGAGAGAGCCUACCUGGAGAAGGAGUGCGUGAAGAGGCUCCUGAGAUACCUGGAGAAUGGGAAGGAGGCGCUAAAGCGCGCAGAUCCCCCAGAGACAAAUGUGACACACCACCCCACCUCUGACCAUGAGGUUACCCUGAAAUGCUGGGCUCGGGGCUUCUACCCCGCGGAGAUCACUCUGAUCUGGCAACGGGAUGGGGAAGACCAGACCCAGGAAAUGGAGCUUGUGGAGACCAGACCUGCAGGAGAUGGAACCUUCCAGAAGUGGGCAGCUAUCGUGGUGCCUUCUGGGGAGGAGCAGAGAUACACAUGCCAUGUGCAGCAUGAGGGGCUGCCUGAGCCCCUCAGCCUGACAUGGGAACUACCUCCUAGUACAAAUUCCCCAUCACAGAAAUUGUCCUUGUCUUGGUUCUCUUUGGAUGUGUGGUGGCUGCUGCAGUGUGGAGGAAGAAAGCAGGUGCUAACAGUGUCCAGGACUCUGCUGCAUUUCUCAUGGGAAGGAGUAUUAAAGAGCUGCCUGUGUGGGACUGACACAAGAUUAGUGCAUGUCUCCCUGGUGAUGUGAAGAUUACUGGAUUCUUUUUCUGCAAAGAUGUCUGCAUUCCUGUAGGCAUAGUGUGAAGAAGUGGGGAGGCCAGGCCCCCCUUCCUACCAGGGCACUGUCCCCAUACUGACCUGCCUUCUCCACAAACUUCUGUUCCUCAUAGCUUUAUGGUACAUUGGGCUAUAACAUCUGACUCUACACUAAAAGUAAGAAUCUAAAUGUA